GAACGUUUCGAGGAACGACCGGAGUGAAGGUUUGACGACAUCACUGCUGAGAGAAGCCCAAUUCGAUUGAAACGCUGCUCUUUUUGGCGCGAGGUCAUCUUCGGAAUUUCUUCAAGUGGCCUACAGUACAGUGUGGUGAGUUACCUGCCCAUUCCUAGCAAUGCCGCCUCCUUGCUCUCUCCUGUGCCGCCUGGCCACGCUUCUCUGUGUGUGGGCACUUUGCCAGGCCCAGUUGGAUACCAAACUACCCCCUGGCACCCCCAUCAUCCAGCUGCGUCUGGCAGGGGACAAACACAAGCACUACGAGGGCCGGGUUGAAGUCUACUAUAAUGGAGAGUGGGGCACGGUGUGCGACGAUGACUUCUCCAUCCAUGCAGCCAACGUCGUGUGCAGGGAGCUGGGCUAUGUGGAGGCUGUAUCCUGGUCUCCUUCUUCCAAGUAUGGCAAGGGAGAAGGUCGGAUCUGGUUGGACAACGUCCACUGUUCGGGACUAGAGAGAACCCUGGCCCAGUGUGAGUCCAAUGGCUUCGGAGUUUCCGACUGCAAACACUCUGAGGAUGUGGGAGUGGUGUGUAGCCAGAGACGAAUCGCCGGCUUCAAAUUCAUCAGUACCCUCACCAACAAUGUGGAAAGUCUGAAUGUCCAGGUGGAAGAUGUGCGUAUCCGGGCCAUCUCCUCACAGCGUAAAAGGGUUCCCAUGACAGAGGGCUACCUGGAGGUGAAGGACGGGGGGAAGUGGAGACAGAUCUGUGACUUGGAGUGGACUGAGAUGAACAGCCGGGUCAUCUGUGGGAUGUACGGCUUCCCUGGAGAGAAAAGAUACAACACUAAAGUCUACAAGCUGCUGUCCAAGCGCAGGAAGAAGAACUACUGGGGCUUUGGGGUGAACUGCACGGGGAACGAGGCCAGCCUGCAUGGCUGUAAGCUGGGCCACAAGGUGGAGCUGAGGGGGAAUACCACCUGUGAGAAGGGCUUGCCCGUGGUGGUCAACUGUGUUCCAGGACGGGCCUUUGCUCCCAGCCACGCCCAGGGCUUCAGCAAGGCCUACAGGGUGGAGCAACCCCUGGUGCGCCUGAGAGGCGGGGCCAACAUAGGGGAAGGGCGAGUGGAAGUGCUGAAAAAUGGUGAAUGGGGCACCGUCUGCGAUGACAGCUGGAACCUGGAGGCAGCCACCGUGGUGUGUCGAGAACUGGGCUUCGGUAGUGCCAAGGAGGCCCUCACUGGAGGCAAACUGGGACAAGGAAUGGGCCCGGUCCAUAUGAAUGAGGUGAAGUGUUCUGGCUUUGAGAAAUCCCUCACUGAGUGUUACUUCAAUAGAGAUGCCCUGGGCUGCAGUCACGAGGAGGACGCUGCAGUUCGAUGUAAUGUUCCUGCCAUGGGCUUCCAGAACAGACUGCGUCUGAGUGGUGGGCGGAACCCAUUUGAAGGGCGUGUGGAGGUGCUGGCGGAGAAGAACGGCUCGUUGGUGUGGGGUACGGUGUGCAGUGACAGCUGGGGUACCAUAGAGGCUACAGUCGUGUGCAGACAGCUGGGUCUCGGUUUUGCCAACAACGCCUUCCAGGAGACGUGGUACUGGUCAGGAGACGUGAGUGCUGAUGACGUGGUGAUGAGCGGGGUCAGGUGCUCGGGGACAGAGAUGACUCUGGCCCAGUGCCUCCAUCAUGGGAAACACCUCGACUGCCCCCGAGGGGGAGGACGCUUCGCUGCUGGAGUCUCCUGCUCUGAGACGGCCCCAGACUUGGUUCUAAACGCCCAAGUGGUGGAACACACCACGUACCUGGAGGACCGGCCCAUGUACAUACUGCAGUGUGCCAACGAGGAGCACUGUCUGUCCAGCAGCGCCGCCGCCGCCACAUCGUCCUCCUACCGCCGCCUGCUGCGCUUCUCCUCCCAGAUACACAACAACGGACUGACAGACUUUCGCCCCAGGGCCGCACACAACUCCUGGAUCUGGCACGAGUGCCACAGGCACUACCACAGCAUGGAGGUGUUCACCCACUAUGAUCUACUGAGCCUCAACGGCACCAAGGUGGCAGAGGGACACAAGGCCAGCUUCUGUCUGGAGGACACCCAAUGUGAAGAGGGUAUUGAGAAGAGGUACGAGUGUGCUAACUUCGGGCAGCAGGGCAUCACUGUUGGGUGCUGGGAUACGUACAGACACGACAUCGACUGUCAGUGGAUAGAUGUGACAGACGUUGUGCCAGGAGACUACAUCUUCCAGGUUGUGAUCAACCCAAACUUUGAGGUAGCAGAGUCCGACUACACCAACAACGUUAUGAAGUGCAGGUGUCGAUACGACGGCCACAGGAUAUGGAUGUACAACUGUUAUAUAGGUGGCUCAGUGAGCUCCGAGUCAGAGGAAUCCUCUUUCAGUGGCCUCAUGAAUAACCAGCUGGGAUACAGGUAGUGUGGACGGACUCAAUGGAAAGACCAGGAGGAACAUUUUAUUUUGCGAAACUGAUGAAUGACCAGCAAGACUGUUGUGAAAUUACCAACCGCUAGAGGGAGCACUGUGCCGUCUGUUCCCUCCCUAACGGUGCUGGAUGAAAAUUGAAAAGCAAAGCUCACCUCAGUGCCAACGUUUUAUAUAAGGACGUUGCAGACGAAAAAAAACCUGUUUUAAAGAUCCAGCUUGAAGAAGCAACUCUGUCUUUACUGUUCUCAAACAUUUCUGUCACAUGUACAGCAGAGUGCUGAUGCUAUCAAAUCAGAGCUAUUUAGUUACCUGUACCCAACCUUUGUGGUCCACCGUAAGGAAAAAAGUGAUAUUUUUCGACACCUGCUGCACUUUGAGACAGUGUCCUGUAUUGUUUAUUUAAUUGUUUUUAGGACAGUGUGUUGAGCAGGCAAUUAACUAUGCACCUAUGAACACCAUCGUAACGCUGUUUCUCUGGACCCCCCCCCCCCCCCCCGCAAUGAGAUUGACCCGUUUUUCUGUUCAAUCCCUUAAGAACUGUUGUCUGCUAAAGAUGAUAACCUAUUUGCAUCUGUCAAUGUAUUGUUGGUCCAGUAUGCAGACACCCUGUCCCCCGAGUAGUGCUGAGCGAUUAACUGAAAUGUGUUAUUUUUCAGUUUUUAAACAACUGACGUUGAAUCAAUUAUUUGUAUUUAAUUUAGUUCCGUUCUGUUUCCUGUAAGCUCAAUGCACACAGUUUCUCUAAAGAUAAAUCAGAUCCGUUCUGUUUCCUGUAAGCUCAAUGCACACAGUUUCUCUAAAGAUAAAUCAGAUCCGUUCUGUUUCCUGUAAGCUCAUUGCACACAGUUUCUCUAAAGAUAAAUCAGAUCCGUUCUGUUUCCUGUAAGCUCAAUGCACACAGUUUCUCUAAAGAUAAAUCAGAUCCAUUCUGUGUUCCUGUUAUGACUGCUACACAAGAGAGAAGAAUGUGCGAUCAUUAAGGGAUAUAGAGAGCAGCUGUUGUUCCAUGAGGUAAACACAUGAUCUAAGUGGUUGAUAGUUGGUAUUCAGUUGUCAUAAAAGUGCCUAAUUUCAUUUGAAGAACUGCAAAAUAGUGAUUUCUUUUCAGACAGCAUUAGGCAGCAGCUCUUUAGAGAUGAGAUGACUUGGAAUUAAAUAAUAAAUUCAUAAAAAAUAAAUGUAAUAUACACCACAACUGAAAUAUUUUAUUAAAGUAAUGUGAAUAAAUGAUGGUUAGUAAUUGAUAAGCAGUAAUGGGCAGUCUACCAUCAUGGGACUUUUAUUCAUUGUUUUAUUCUGUGUAACAGCAUUCAACCCACAAUGCAUAUUGCAUUGAAUGUUUUUUUUUUUUAUUAGCAAAACUGAUUUUAAAAAAAUAAUAAUAAUUGAACCGAAACCAAACAGACCUCCAAAAUCACUAAUCGCUCAGCACUAUCCCAGAGCUUCCUAUACAGUUAGUCUCUUUCCUUAAAGUGUUGAGGCCGGCAAUUAAGGAGAAUGAGAGGCUCAAUUAAAGAUGUGCUUCAAAUACAGCAGUUCUGUAACAACUGCCUUCUGCCCAGUUUCCCCUGAUGUCGCCGCGACAAUCAAGAUCCCUGUAACUGCCGCUUCUGCGGAGAUUGUUUUCUAAACUAAAACUCAUAGAACUACCUAAGAAGCAUUAGACUUGUUGGAGGGUUACUGUCAAAACUAUUUAUUCAAUAAAUAAAUAAAUAGACAUGGAUGACAGACACAUGGGCCACCAGUGCACGUGCCUAUGAAGUGGGGGUGGGGAAAGUAGCGGAAUAGUCUUACAUCCACGGAGAAUAUUAUUUGCAAGUCUGUGGCGUGAUAAUGUGGUAGAAGCCAUUGUGAAUAUAAAAUAAGGAAGAACUGAUUGUUUUCUUGCUGUACGGUAAUCACUAAGGAUAUGGCAGUAUUAUUACAACCAUACAGCUACCACUAAGGAGAAACUUACCCCCCCUCUCAUCAAACCUGCUUUUUUUUACGUCUCUAAAGAGGCAAUGAGCAUUUAAGGCAGAAUCCCCAAGUUAAAAUGUACACAAACUUUUGUCCAAAUUGGCGACAAACAGCAUGAUUUAGGUGAAAGGGAGUAAGUUAUUCAUAAUUGGUCUUGGGAUUCUGCCUCAAGUUAACAGUGUAUCUUGCAUCACCUAAUAUCAACUCUGGCAAUAUAUUUAAUACCUUUCAUCUUAGAAUUCUAAGAUACAUAUACAUUUUAGUCUUAUCACCAUAUUCUGCUCAGCUUAGUUCAUUUUUCAAACAUCCAUUAAAUUAAAUUAUUACCGUCAGGGACUCUUAUGUUUGUUUUCUCGAUUGUACAAGUCACAAAUGACAUGUGAAAAUGCAUCUUUGCAUUCUAUUUUUGCGACACUUCAACUACAGGGCCCUUUAUUUUACAAGGGUGCUCUUUACUAGAUGGGUGAUUAUCCUAUACUGUAUACACAGUUGAAUGUUUUAAAGCAUUUUGUGCUUGCUUCAUAUUUUCUCUAAUAAAAAUAAACAAGCAAACCAUGA